UUUUGUUUUACUUGUCAAAACUAUUACUUGACUAACUGUAUUGUAUGUAUAUUUGAGUAUGUGAUUUAUAAUGUCGAAGACCUCGAGGGAUACCCAAAGCAGACACAUGUAAGAGUUCUAGGAAUAUGUGGGCAAUAUAGACGGAAUUGUUGCCAGGCUGCCAGCUGUUUGGCCGAAUCACUAAAAAUACAUGGAAAUGAAAAGGCGAGCGCACAGUGAUGCAAGUGCAUAGCUAUUAUUGCUAUUAAAUGUUCGCUUCCAGAACAUAAAAACACGAAAACAGAGAUGGGCAAGAAAUGUCAAAGAUAAAGAAGCAGAGAACGCAUUUGGAAGGACAUCAAGCCACAAGUUUCCCAGCUAUGGCCAAUGAUACUGUCGACAGUCAACUUACUGCAAAGCGGGCCCGUCUAACAGCCAACAACAAAAUGGGCAAAUCAGUUGACAAUCAACAGCCCAAAUCUUCGAAUAGAGUUCCCAAAUGUGCACGAUGCCGCAACCAUGGAAUCAUUUCCGAAUUACGUGGUCAUAAAAAGCUCUGCACCUACAAGAUCUGCAAGUGUGCCAAAUGUGUGCUGAUUUUCGAGCGUCAACGCAUUAUGGCUGCUCAGGUUGCCCUGAAGCGUCAGCAGGCGGUGGAGGAUGCGAUUGCACUGCGUCUGGUGGCCAAUAAGACGGGACGUAAAAUCGAUACCCUGCCGCCGGGUAGCAUCUUUGGGUUAACGGUAACACAGCCCAGAGAGCAGUUAGCAGAAUCACAGAGUCCACAGCAGUCCACCGAGGAGGAGACACGUGAGGAGCAACUGCAGCAGCAGGAGAAGCACAAAGCACAAGUAGAGCCUGAAGCCCUGGCUGUGCCACAGGAUCUGAGUGCUCCAAGGCGUGAGCAUGUCUCGCAAACGGCCAUCGAUAUGCUCUCUCAGCUAUUCCCGCAGCGUAAGCGAUCCGUGCUGGAGUUGGUGCUCAAACGCUGUGAUCUGGAUCUCAUACGGGCCAUCGAGAAUGUUUCUCCGCCGGCUGAGCAGACCGCAAAAGAAUUGUUGCUACCUCCCCCGCUGCCGCAGUUGCCGCUGUUGCCGCCAACACUGCCACAAACCCUGCAGCUGACCAUGCCACCACGUAGCAGCGCCUUUAGACCGGUUAUAACCGAGCAGUAUGCCGAGAAAUCAUCCGCUGCACCACCGGCUGCCAUUUGCGCCUAUCCCAAGUGGUUUGUGCCCCUCUCCUUUCCCGUUACCAUGGGCCAUCUUUCGAAUCUGGCGCCACGUUGCACGCUGCCUAAUUGCAAUUGCCUGGAGAGCUACCAAUUUCAUUAGCCAAGCCAAUAAACUAUUAUUCCCCAUCUAAAUA